UUGUCAGACAAUUCAGUGAAAGUGUAAAUCAGAUCAGAACUCGGAACAAAAAAUGUUUAUUGUUUGCAACUAUUUCAUAAUAAAGUAAUAGAGCAGACGUCUUUGGCCAAAUAAUGUUAGAUAACUCUAAACAAUGAGCGUCUUCGGAGAUUUUCAGCAAGUGUGGCUACAAAGAUUCCCCGAGAGUCCUUUACCAGGGGCUUGGGAGGAGGAUGUUCGCGCAAACCUGGCGAAACAUAAACAGAAGGUGUCGUUGUUGAAGGAAGAACUGGAGAAGGAACAAUUUUACGUGGAAUACCUGGAGAGAUUAUUGAGCGAUGUGGAACAGCACAAAAUCAAGUUGGCAAGGGAAAAAAGCAUUGAAAGUGAGGAGACAGGUGAUGUCACGGCAGAUACGAUAUCUAAAAAGGACCCUGGUAAACCGUCAACAGUUUCUCUGAACGUCGAAGAAACCGAAACAUUGUCUGCCAAUAUGUGUGUGAAUGAAAUAUCCAAACAGAUGAUCCCUAAAGACAGUCAUGAACGAUACGAACCUACUGCUCCUCCUGAUCAAGAUCCUGGAACUUUUGUGACAGUCAUCGAAGUUAAUGGUGUAAAACAAGGAAACAUUUCUCCGGUUAAAACUCCGCCAAAGGUACCCUCCAGACCGGAUUCUUUAAAGAGCAAAACCAGAAGAAGCAACAGCGAUUCAAUAUCAUCGUCUUCCGAAUUCCUCACUACUGUCGACGAACCUUAUUAUGACAGGGUGGCCCCCGAAGACGACUAUCUCGUCGAAAGUAAUCAUUCCAGUACUGAGAACGUGUUCAGUUCUUCCAGUACCCUCUUAUUGGAGUCCAAGAGGGAUUCCACGCAAAAUAUUCCAGAACCUCAGUCUCCUGGAACAUCCAAUUAUGUUAACAUUGAAUAUUUCAUUAGUAGUUCUAACAAGAAGAAUGGAAAUAGUCACAGUAGUAGUGAAGACGAACAAGACGAAAUAACAGAAUUGAGGAGGCACAAUGACAACAGCUCCUAUGCAAGUUCUAGUUCUUUGGAGUCGAAUACUCCAGCUUCCAGGAGAAAAUUCAGUCAAGACAGCGAUAAAGGAGAAUUUGAUAGGGACAGGAUGUACAAAAGCAUAUUCUACAAUAUUACGGAGAGCGAGAGCAAUUAUGUGGAUUGGCUAAGCGUAUUAUUGAAGUAUAUGAAGGCGAUACAGGCAACUAUAGGGACUUCCCAGCCCAUCGUUAGCGAGGCUGAGCUCAACACGAUUUUCUACAAGAUUCCAGAUCUGUACAGUUUGCACUCAAACUUCUUAGAAGCCCUCCGUAGACAUGUUCAGAAAUGGGACACAAGAAUCGGGGAACAUUUCAAAAUAAUGGCUUCUAAUUUAUCCUUGUACGGAGCCUUUCUGAGCAACUAUGGGCAGGCUUUAGACACUGUACAGAAAUGCAGCGCAGCUAACUCGCAAUUUGGCGAGAUAUCGAAAAACAUAACUUGCAAGCAAUUAUCCGGGCAGCCAAUAAGUCUAGAAGAUCUCUUGCACAAACCGGUGGCCAGGGUUCAAAAAAACGCUUUGGUUUUGCACGAUCUCCUGAAAUACGUCCCGCCGACUCAUGUGGACCAUCAUAGUUUGACGGAGGCUUUGAAUUUAACCCAGAAUUUUUUGGACCAGUUCAACAUGAUACAGACCAAGUUGAUGUUUCCUGUUGCAGAUCGGGCACAACGUAGGCUAGUGAAAAAUUCGUUUAUAGUGGAAUUUGUGGAUGGGAACAGAAAACUGAGGCAUCUGUUUCUCUUCAACGACGUCAUAGCUUGCGCCAAAUAUAAGACUGCUGGACGGGCUGAAAAAUACACAUUCGAGUUGAAAUGGUUCAUACCCGUUGAGGAUAUAAUAAUGCUCGAAGAAACAACAGCAAACCUGCAUGAAAUUGCGUCUUCAAACAUAGUCUCUCUGAAGUCCCAGGCUUCGAACGUCAGGGAUCAGUUGAGGCAAGAAGAUAAAGCAAACGAAAAUCGAUCGAAACAGUCGAGGGGUUCAGACAAAUUCAGAAAAAGACUGAUAGAACUAGAGAGCCAACUUGUGCUGGUAUCGCCAAAUUUAGUGUAUAGAAUCAAAAACAAAAUGACUGGGCGGACUUAUAUGUUCUUCUUGUCGUCUGAUUUUGAGCGCACGCAGUGGAUCGAGGCGAUUCAAACACUGCAGAAGACUGAGAGAACUGGUAAAAUGAACGCUCCUCCUAUCAGCGAACUCCAGACUUGGAUAACUGCGUGCCGGAGCUACCUGAAGACGAACAUGGGGUCUUACCUGUUGAGAAGUGGCAACGACGAGAGACUGCUCGUGGGAGACUUGCAUGUGUUUGUGUAUGAUUUGUGUGGAUUGGACUAUUCUUGUGGUAAACGGCAGAAAAGAAAUAUUCCUUUCAUCAUAACAGCGUGUAUCAGAGAAGUCGAAAGACGAGGCAUGUCUGAAGUGGGUAUAUACAGAGUGUCGGGUUCUGCACUAGAUAUAUCCAAACUGAAAAAAUCCUUCGAGACAAACUCUUAUGAGGCGGAACAACUUCUGAAGGAGGUCGACAUACAUUCCGUAACGGGUAUUUUGAGGCUGUACCUGAGAGAACUUCCUGAGGCUUUGUUCACGGAUCAACGGUAUCCCGAGCUGCUGGAAGCGUUCAAUAAUACGAACGGUAAUUUGAAAAAGAGGACUGAAUUACUCAACGAGUGCUUUUCCAAACUUCCGGAGCCCAAUAAGCAAACCAUAACUUUCAUUUUGGAGCAUUUGAUGAGGAUACACAGACACGAAAGCGAAAACAAGAUGUCUCUCCAUAAUUUGGCGACUGUUUUUGGACCUACCUUGCUACGCCCUGGGUUGAAACCGGACUUGAAGCAGCAAAAAGACCUCCUAGCGGCCGGCACCGUAGAUGUAAUGGCGCAGGCCGGCAUCCUAUACUGUUAUCUGCAAGACCUCUUGAACAACUCGCAGAGAAUAUGCAGAUGAGGGGUUGUGUGAUUCCAAGAGAGAGAGUUGUAAGCCAAAUUUAUUUUAUGUAGUAUGUCCUGAGUAUUUUUUUUGGAUCUCUGUAAGUAUUCGUUAUCUCAGUUUCCAAGAAAAGGACAUGCUUUGUAUAACUUGUAUACAAUACCUGCGUGACUGUAAUUAUCAUUUUUAUUAUUAUAACUGUUUUGUGUAAAAUACGACCAGAACGAAGUUCAAACUAGUGUGCGGAUUUUUUAUUGCAAUUUAUAAUUGUUCCAAUUUGCGCAGAGUGUUUAUCCGGUAAUUUUUCUUUGUGAUCCAUGAGUACACGUUUGUGAUGUCAUUUUAUCGCAAAUACAUGUAGUGAUUUCUGGUGCUUCGUAAAUUUCAAUUGAAAAUUUAAUUCAAAUAACUUUCGUCAUAGUAUAUAUUGAUUUAAAGUUUGUUUUUUGUGUUGUAUUUUUAUAUUAUAAACUUUGCUCUUUUGAAUUGAUACAAAACCUAACUUUUUUACCCUUGCCUCUCAUGCCAAGGGUAUAUAUCACCCUUCACCUGUACUUGAGCAUAUCAUAUGCACCUCUUCGGAGUAUGUGUUUGUGGAGUUGCUUCUUCGGACUUUGGUCUGCAGGUGGCGUAGUUGUAUAACCUACUGAAUCAACUGCGGACAGAGCUUAUGACUAGCUGGAUUUAAUUCUGUUUGUUAGGGAUAAUCAAUUGGUUCACUUCCUCUGAAAUGACCCUCCCAGUACUGAUGAGAAGCUUAUACUCCGAAACCGAUCUAUUGGUGGUUGCUCCAACAGAAUUGAAGUAAUUUCAGCUUCUCAUAUAUGGGAAAUUACUUGCAACCAAUCUUUCGAAUUGAAGAAGUUGCACAGGUGCCUGAUGGAUUCACUUCAGUUUUUUGUCUGGCAUUGGUUUGAUAGAACUGGACCACAGAUAGACUGGUUUCGGAGCACUUGCUCCUCGUCAGUACUGGGAAGGUCAUUUCAGACGGAGUGAAACGUCUUAGUAUCUCGAACAAACAAAAUUGAUUCCAACAAGUCAUACGCUUUAUCUGAAGUUGAUUCAGUAGAAUGUUCACUGCACCACCUGCAGACAUAGUACGGAAACAACUCCACAAACACAUAUUCCAAGGUGGGAGUCAGAAUAAUAAACAUAUUCCAGAGAGGUGCAUAUGACAUGCCCAAGUUCAGGUGAAAAACCCCCUUACCUCUCAUGUGUUUGUGGAGUUGUUUCCGGACUUUGUCUGCAGAUGGCGCAGUGGACAUUUUACUGAAUCAACUGCAGCUAGAGCUUAUGACUAGUUGGAAUUAAAUUCGUUAGUUGUUGUUUUUUUGUCUAGUAUCUGCCACACGUACCUUCAAAAUCGUAGGUUCACAUGAAAGGCAAGGGUCAAGUUUUUUCGCCUGUACUUGAGCAUAUCAUAUUCACCUCCCAGGAAUAUAUGUUUUAUGUCAUAAUUAUUUAAUUUUCCUCCAAUACACUACAUGCAUUUGAUUUUUUUUAAUUGUAUUAUCCCUAUUUAUUUCACUUGUCUUCCACAUUGUGUCAAAAACGUUUUGUACUUAUCUGGAAAACCAGGAAAGAGAUAAGGUACUUUGUACUAAAAAUUUAUAGAAUGCAGCUCAAAGCUGAAUCGAUCUAGUCACCUACGAAGUAUUUGACUUGUGUUAGGCCCAGCCUAUUGCAAUCUACAUUCCUCUUGAUUUCCUGAGUACUUAAAUUCAUUUUUAAUCUUUUUUUUUCAAUUAUCGAUAAACACUUUGCAGGAAAUAUAUUCGGUUAUUUGAAAUUUGUUUACCUAUCGUUCUAAGUGUAUCUUUAGAAUUUUGUAAAGAGUGUCUUCGAGAAUUUCUACAGAGGAACUUGUCAGCUAUAAUGAAAUAGGAAUACUAUAUAGUACAGCCAUGUUGUAUACUGAAAAAAGAAACCAUAGUUGGACAAAGAAUGCAAAUUUCCAUAACCGUGGAAAAACUGUUAAGGUUAUUUUUCGAGUUUCUUGGUUAUGGUCUGCAUGUUUCUACAUGUGCCUGAUGUGUCUAUAAUUGUGGCAGACUGUUCAAAAGGCAAUGAUAUAAUGGGCGUAGUCCUCUAGUUGUUUGGUGGUCAGUUUGUAGUAGAUAAGCUAUGAACCCGUGAUGGCUGCCGUCGGGAAUUCUGAAGUGGGGGUUGGCGCUGGACUGAAAUCACGUUAUGGGACACGAAUUUCAUGACCUGUCAUCUAUCACAUGAACUUCAGAUUCGUUGGUAGAUCUGAAUCUGAAGUUCAUCCUAGUACGACCUCCUCAUGGCGAUGAUGACAGACUUGACAAAUGACAGCUUCAACGUCACUCUUAAUGUUGUGUUCCAUGAAGGAUAACAUACCUUGUGUUCCAUAGAAACUUCAUGGUCACUUGGUUCCCUUCAAGCUUCUACCCGUCCUUACGAUUACUUUACUGCUGUCAUCUUGAAUCCAUAUCUACAGAUUGUCUACCCUCUGAUUCUGUUAGCAUAGAUAGAGUAUGCAUAAAAAGGAGUCUGUUAAGGUAGAAUCAUAUUCGAUAUUCGGGAAUAAAACGAAACCUUCAUUUUUUGAAUACUUCAGCUAUAUUUUGUUUCUCUUGUAGAGCAAAAUUAAGGUUUUUGGUCAAUAAAUCAUUCCUGAUUUUAGUAUAGAUGUAUAAUACUCCAAAUAAUGCAAUAGAUUUUAUUCAUUUUAUAAGACAGUGAAUCAUCAUAUAGCUACCCUUACCACUGAUAGAAUGAAAUCAGAGCCUCAACUGUUUAGUAUGUGUUGCAAGACAACAAGAGCACUGCGUCCAUUGUUUCAUCUCUUUUGAGAAUGUCUACUGUAGUUGUGGGUGAAACAUUAGAUGUAAAAACCUGCAGUUCGCGGCCAAAAGACCCGGAAAAUUCUUUCAACUCAAUAGGUGGACAGUUCUACACAGAGGAUUUUGAAGUGUGAUGAGGAUGUAAAACUAAAUCUUUUACAACUUAGAUAUUUUGACUGAGGGUUUAAAGUACAGGGUAAAUUGAAAAAACCAGCUUGAUUUUGAUACUUAUGAACACUUUUAUGAAUGCUCCUCAAUCGAAUAAAUCAGUACCAACAUGUAUUUGUUUUUGCAGUAACUCAAGUGUUAAAUUCUAUGAAUAGUUGUAACGUUCGAAAUUUAGAGAUUUUUAUUCCCUAAAACUUGAUCUAUACAAUUUUUUUAGAUUUUCUACCCAACCCACCUAUGCCUAUUUUUUUUUUUUAUAUUUUCAGUGACAAUUUGGUGGUACUAUGACUCCUUUGGGUCAUCUUUAAUUUCAUUUUUUCAUCUUGCUACUUUCAAACUUUUCUCUUUUUUUUUCUAUAUAAACACACAAAAUCUGUAUUGUUUGAUACAAAUACAUCACAAUUUGUUAAUGUUUCCAAAAGCCCAAUAAGGUUACCAGUGACUUUUUCCUUUUUGGACAUCUUUUGACCAAGUCAGAUCCCCAUGCAUCAUUAAUUAUUUCUCAAACAGUAUAAUCACAAUUGGGGGUAUACUUUGCAGAAAAAUUUGUGUUUUUUCACAGGUGAUAAGUUUGUACAUUUAUAACAUAAAAAUCUAGAUUCUGAUUUUUUCUACUAUUUGGAGGAAACUUCAAACUGUCAUAUUACAAUUUUUCCAGUUGUCAUAGACUGUUGUUCAGAUCCACUUUACUGUGAUCUCACCCGACUCCUGAAAAAAUCGUGAACCUUUUGGCCGGAUAGCCCCAGUAGCCAGGCCACUACUUGAAGAAGAAUCAUUUUUACUCAGCUUCAACAGUAUCGUAAAAUUAUGCAUGAGCAUCAGGCAUUCAAAAUUUACUGGUGGGAUCCUUCAAACUCAGAAGAUGCAAAUAUUUCUAUGCUACCUUUAUUGCAUAUAAUUAUAUACUCUUCAGGUAUAUACACAAGUAUACAGAAUAAAUAUAAAAUUGACAUAUGACAGUUACAUAUCUAAAACUGGUUGUUGCAGCCCAUACUGCUCAGUACAGGAAUUUUGAGGUUAUAUUUGUACAAGUUACAACCUGUAAUUUUUGGCACAGGUAUAUCUCAAUGUUAUGAAACCUGAGAAAUAGUUGAAUUACAAAAAAUGGUUUAUUUGGGCUUAUAUCGCAAAAGGUAGGAGCUAGAGAAUCAAUAUAAAUUUGUGAAUGAAUUUUUCUUGAACAUUCAUAGGUUAUAAAAACUAAAAACUUUUCAAGGCCAAGUCAUUAUUGCUAACCGAUAAGAGUCUAAAUCAGAUUUCUAGAUAGAAUUUUUUGGGUGAUUUACAAAAAAGUGAGAACUCUUCAAAAACAUUUUUCAGUAGCUCUUUUAAUAUGGAUAUCAUUGAAUUUAUUGUCAUGAAGAAAAGAAGUGAAACUUCAUGUUUUUUACCACUUCAAGUUUCAAUUUUCUUUUCUUCAUUAUGAUUUCUUACCACAUAGUAACAGCUACAUCCAUCAAUUUAUUGAAUUUAUUGUCAGUUUGGAGGAUUUAUUUUGCUCGAAUCAGUGGCAUCUCUUAUUUUUUAUUAUAUUAGUAUUUACGUGUACUGCCUCACAUUUUAAUAAUGAAAAAGUGUUGAUGUUAUAGGGAGAGUCGGAAAUAAUUAAUUUUAUUUUGAAAGUUUAUUAAAGUAUCCAAGGCACAUAUUCCGUCGUUUUGAAUAAAUUCAGUAUUUAUUUGUAUAGGAUCGACUAUGUUUUAUUCCCUUAAGUAGGCCUGUAAGUAUUCUGUAAAUGUGUGAAUGUAUUUAGCAUCUAUUUAUUACAUAUUGAUGUCUUAUUACAUCGUAAGAACAUGCAUAUAUCUACCUAUGUUAAAAUUAUAUUUUAUAUACAUUUGUAAUUGAUUGCAAUAUACAUAUUCAAGAAUAAAA